AAGGAAAUUAUGGAAUGAAGAAACAAUCGAUUUUAAUAAAUUGACAGAAACGGUAAGCAAAUCCUAGAUUCCCACUUCUGCGCAUACUUGCAAUCAAAUGGCAGCUAAUUUCUGGACAUCCUCUCACUACAAACAGCUCCUGGACCAGGAAGAGGUGGAUGUGGUGCAACCUCUUGACAGAGAAAAGGGUAUCACUCUUGAAGAAUUCAAGCUAAUUAAGAUGCAAAUGGCCAGUUAUAUAUCAAAAUUGGCUCAAAAUGUAAAAGUGAGGCAGAGGGUAGUGGCCACUGCAGUUACAUAUAUGAGACGUUUUUACACCAGAAAGAGUAUGACAGAAUAUGAUCCACAUCUUGUCGCUCCAACUUGCUUAUACUUGGCAUCAAAAGCUGAAGAAAGCACAGUACAGGCCCGACUUCUACCAUUUUACAUCAAAAAAAUAUAUGCUGAUGAAAAGUAUAGAUAUGAAGCAAGAUAUAUCGAAAUGGAAAUGAAGAUUUUAGGUCUUAACUAUUAUUUGGUUGUAUUCCAUCCAUACCGUUCACUUGUGCAGUAA